ACUUAACCUUGGCAAUGAUCGGUCGUUAAUCCGGAAGACAUCUCUGAUAACUCGCUCUAAAUAUUCCCACCAUGGUUGAAAGUCGUAUCAAAUUAGUUCUUGAAAGGACACGGUUGAGACAAGUCGGGAAAACCAGCAAAAAAUGAUUUAAAACAAUGUUGCGUUUAGUUAUCCUAACUGUGUUUGCGGUGAGUGUUAAAAGUCAGAUAAUCCCGGAAAAUCCCUGUCCGGAAUUUUUCGCGUAUCGUCAAGAAAGGGGUGUGUAUUUCGGGGAGAUUAACAUCCCCUACGAUGGGAGCAAAAAUCUCAACUUGGCCGUGAAUAUCUCCAUGGUUGGGUUGUACCAAAAUUUGAAACUGAGACUUGAACUUGUAACACCAGCUGAUGAAAUCCUUUCAGCCCAAUAUCUCAAAUACAUAGUGAAUUUCCCAUUUCAAAAUAUCAUCCCAAGAAUCACCCAAAUCGCGUUUAACGGCCGGAUUUACUGUUAUGGACCAUCGGAACAAGUCUCCAUGAAAGGUGUGACCAACCUUUGGUCCAACAUCGUCUACCGAAUCAACCAAUACACGUACAGCAUCCAAACUGGGUUCAAACAACCCUCCAACCCCAUGAACCAGUACCAUGAACCCACCACCACCAUUGAAGACAGCUGUGGUGUUGCUAACGAUAUCCAGACUUUGGUACUAAAAGGUGAAAAAACAAUCGAGAAUGAGUAUCCAUGGCUGGUUGCGAUGUUUCACCGACAAGGAGUCUCCUACGAGUUUCAAUGCACGGCCAACUUGAUCACAGACCAGCAUGUACUUACAGCUGGGCACUGCGUGUGGUACUACAAGGCCCCCUUGAUCGACAAAGCCGACAUCCUCCUCGUGCUCGGCCGUUCCGACAUCUCCCAUUGGGCGUCGACCGGCGCUCUCCUUCGCACCGCCUCCCAAGUCACGCCCCACCCCAACUACAAGCAAUCCUCGGGCCAUUGUGACCUCGCCAUUAUCAAAAUGAACGAAAAAGUGAUUUUUAAACCAACUAUUCGCCCCAUUUGUCUCUGGACGGGCGACACCGACCUUAAACAAUUCGCUGGAGUUAGAGGCGUGGUCGCUGGGUGGGGUAAAAGUGCCGAGGGGCGGAACGUCGUAGCCGUCCCACGAAAAGUAGCAAUGCCGGUCGUGUCACAAGAAACUUGUCUACGAUCGCAUGCAAAUUUUCGUAAUUUAACAUCAGAAACGACGUUCUGUGCGGGAAAUAGGGAUGGGAGUGGGCCGUGCAAUGGAGAUAGUGGGGCGGGGUUUAUAGUGAAAAGGGAGGGGCGGUGGUUUUUGAGAGGCGUGGUCUCGACGGCGAUUAAAAAGGAGGAUUUUUCGUGCGAUUUGAAUGAGUUUGUGGUGUUUUCGGAUGUGGGGAAGUUGAGGGAGUGGAUUAAGGAGGUGAUAGGGGAGGGACUAACGUGAUA